AUGAUUAUUUCCUUCUUGCAUGGUGGUUUUACUCUUAACUCUUAUGGGUUGACUUUGUUGUCACUCUUGACUCACUGGACCUUUGUUCCUCCUCUCAUCAACUCUAGCUGGAAGGCUUCUGAUUCCGAUCCAUGUUCAUGGUUUGGUGUUCAAUGCGACCGUAAGCAGAAUUUGAUUUCACUUAACCUUAAUAGUCAUGAGAUUUUUGGUCAACUUGGACCAGAAAUUGGAAACCUUUAUCAUUUGGAGAAUCUUUUGUUGUUUGGUAAUAAUUUCUCAGGAAAGGUGCCUUCAGAGUUAAGCAACUGUAGUUUGCUAGAGAAGUUAGACCUUUCUGAGAAUAGAUUUAAUGGAAAGAUACCGCAUAGUUUGAAAAGGCUAAGAAAUUUAAAGUCUAUGAGAUUGUCUUCCAAUUUGUUGACUGGUGAAAUUCCAGAUUCUUUAUUUGAAAUUCCUUCCCUUGAAGAAGUGAGCCUGCACAAUAACCUUCUUAGUGGAAAUAUUCCAACCAAUAUUGGAAACUUGACUCAUCUAUUGAGACUGUAUUAUCUAUAUGGUAAUAUGUUUUCAGGGACUAUUCCUUCAUCUCUUGGUAACUGCAGUAAACUAGAGGACCUUGAAUUGUCUUUCAACCGUUUGAGAGGAAAAAUUCAGGCCAGUAUUUGGAGAAUUUCAAGCCUUGUGCAUAUCUUGGUUCACCACAACAGCCUCUCUGGGGAACUACCUUUCGAAAUGACGAACCUCAGGUAUCUAAAAAAUAUCUCAUCAAUCAGUUCUCAGGAGUCAUUCCUCAAAGCUUGGGAAUCAACAAUACCUUAG